AUGAUGAACGUUGUUUCGCUUUGCCUUGUGGUGACUUCGCUCGUGACGGCGGGAGUUUUAUCUCCGACGCCAAAGAAACAAAACAACGGAGAUGAUCUUAUAGUUAAAGAGGGACACCGAGUGGUGGUUGUAGAGUACGACCAAGAAGGCCAACCCAUCACCAAAGUCUCUAUCUCGCCGGAGGACAAAACCCGCCAACGCUUCAAUAGCGAUAAGCUCAAAGAAGCCGCCUCUGUUCUUCCCAAUCUCGGCCAGGGCUUGUCCACUCCGAAAGCAGAUGGCGGCGGCGAAGGCGAAGGCGAUGGCGAGUGGCGUAGUCCGAAAGAGCUCAUCUGCGAUGCCUAUGGGAAAUGCAAGCACAAGAUUGUCGACGCGAUAGGGAGGACUAAAGAGGCGGUUUCGGAGAAAGCUCACGAUGUCGCUGAAAAGACGAAAGAGAUGAAGGAGAAGGCGGAGGAUGUUGUGGAGAAGGCGAAAGAGGCGGUUUCGGAGAAGGCGCGUGGCUUUGCUGAGAAGACAAGGGAGACGGGCCAUGAGGCGCAGGAUGCCACUGAGAGGAAGGCGCACGUGUUUAUUGAGAAGACGAAGGAGGCGGCGCACGAGGCUGUUGAGAAGAAGAAGAAAGCGGCGUACAGAAUGGAGGAGGCGGCAGAGGAAUCGUACGGGAAGGCUAAAGAGGCGGUGCGGAAUAAGGCCCAGGAAGUGGAGGGUCAAGCGAGAGAGAGGGCGGAGAAGACUUGGGAAGCGGCGAAGGACGCCAAGGACGUGGGGAAGACGUUCGUGAAGGACGUGGCGAGUAACGUCACGAAGUUCGCCGCGACGUUCAGGAAACAAGCUGGUGCAACUUUCAGGGAAUUAGUCACCGGGAAGGCGCUGAAUCCGGUGGUUGGGGUGGUUUACUUGGUGACGUUCUCGACGGCGUACGGGACGGCGGUUUGGGAGACGUUUAUAUUGAGUUAUGUUUUGGCGGGGGCUUUGCCGAGGCAGCAGUUUGGGGUGGUGCAGAGCAAGAUUUAUCCCGUGUAUUUCCGGACCAUGGCGUGGGGGAUCGGCACGGCAGUUUUGGGGUUAUUGGUGACCGGCAGAGGAAAGGCCUUCAGUAGCAUGGCUGAGAAGUUUCAAAUCUUUAACCUUUUGGCUUCUUUGGUGUUGGUUUUUGUUAAUAUGCUCUACUUAGAGCCUAGAGCCACUAAGGUAAUGUUUGAGAGGAUGAGGGUCGAGAAAGAAGAGGGGAGAGGAAGAGAAGAGCUUCCUGCGGAGCAGCCAUCGGCGGCAGAGCCUGCAGUGUCGUCCAUGCCGGCAGAAACGGCGGAGCAGGAGGCAGUUCGGAACAGGAUUUUGUCGUUGAAUGGGAGGCUAAAGAAGCUAAAUACGUGGUCAUCUUUUCUCAACAUCCUAUCUCUAAUGUCCCUUUCUUGGCAUGUCUAUUACCUAGGACAGCGUCUGCACAUGACCUAUUGA